GCCAAGACAAAAUCCACAUGGAUGGAAACGUGCGUGAGUCCGUCUGGCCACACACCCCACACCCACACACCAAUCAUGCACCCUCCUAUUCGCAACCAACAACCCCGCCAUUAUUUAGUCAUGACAGAUAACCCCGCCCCGCCCAGUCUAUGUGCUAUGUACACCAAGGAAGGCACGCCAGCCAGCCAAUUGACCGACGCACGCAGGCUCCAGCAAUUCGAUGGAUAGAUAGAUAGGUAGAUAGGUCGCUCGCCAUCCGCAGCCGAUAUCUACAAAAGCCUGUGCGUGAGAUGCCGACACACACAUACAGACGCACCUUGCUCUGACGUUUGGUGUGUUCCUAGUGUAUGCCAGCCGGCCGUACCGUCAGAGCGCUCUACAGGCGUUGCCACUUCGUCAGUUAGUUCUUUUCCGCUGAAGGCCCAUCCAUCCACCACACGCAUCUCAGCCGGGGCGGCUCAUCCAUCGAUCCAUCCAUCUAUCUGCUUUGCUUACCGGCCUUGGCAGCUGCCGCCGAGGGCUCCGACCUGACAAGACAGACAGACAGACAGACAGACAGAACCAAAGGAAUGGAGGGGACCAAUGCAGCCGGCUAGCUGGCUUACUCUCACUCCUUCCCUCACCCGCUGCUGCCCUUGUUGUUGAACGCAUCCUCCUUCCGCCUGCAAGUGGUGAGCACACACAUACGAAACAUGCGUGUGUCGGCUGUUUGUGCGUCGGCUGCCUGGCUGACUGACUGACUUGAUGGCCCGUGUGAGCUCCACGAGAGUGGCCGUCAUCUCUGCACGGGCCGGAUCUAUGCGCGGGUCAUUCUUGCUCACUUUCGCCAGCCUGCGAACGUCACCACACACACACAACACACAACACACAACACACAACACACAAAUCACACACCAAAGCCGCAUCCAGAGCAUCAUGUGCACCGACUGCUUGGCCUGAAGGAACGUGCACAUUGGCGAACUCCUCCGGCGUCGCCGCCUGACGGACCAGAGGGACAGCACCCAUCCAUCCAUCCAUCCACACACUGAUUGCAUCAAUUGACGCAUCCAUCUUGUGGAUGGGCUGAGUCGGCUGACCGACCUCGUCGACGAGGUGCUUGACGUGGUCCAGAUCUCCCCGCAGCAAGUCGAGGACCUGUCCUAUCGCGUCCGGGUUGAGUAUGGCCUCCAUCGCCCGCCGCAUGCUCUCCUCUGUGUGCGGGUGCAUCCCGUCUAUCUGACGUCUAUAAUGGCAGCUACCCAGGUUCCUCCUG